AUGAGGCAGCAGAUGCACGACAUCAUUGCUAUAUCGAACCAAAUUGGCCACCUGGACAUCUUCCUCACUAUGACAUGCAAUCCAAGCUGGCCGGAGGUCACAAGACCCCUACUGCCGAACCAAACGCCUCAGGACAGACUGGACCUGUGCGCCCGUGUGUUUCGUCUGAAAAUGAAAGAUCUCAUGUCCUUGGUCAUCAACGAAGAAGUAUUCGGAACCGUCGUUGCCCAUGUACGAGUCAUCGAAUUUCAGAAACGCGGUCUUCCCCACGCUCACGUUGUAUUUUUCCUAGAUGAAGUCUCCAAGAAUGAUCUGCGUACUCCCGAAAACGUCGACCGCAUUAUCUCUGCCGAGAUCCCGUCUGCCCAAGAUCUAGAACUCCAAGAGGUCGUGCUCAAGCAUAUGAUUCACAAUCCAUGUGGAGAACGCAAUCCAACAGCCGUGUGCAUGGGCGAGCAGUACUGCAGGAAAGUGUUUCCAAAAUCGUUCAAACACGACACCAGCCAGUCUGACAGUGAGUACUACAUCACGUACCGCAGAAGGUCCCCCUCUGCAGGUGGCGUCUCCAUCGAGCGACCCUCCUUCGACAACUACUGGGUCGUUCCCCACAGUCCUCUGCUUCUACGAUCAUUCGCUUGCCAUUUGAAUGUGGAACUCUGCGUGUCACGCGUUGGCGGAAUCAAGUACCUCUUCAAGUAUGUUUGCAAGGGACAAGACCGAGUGACCAUGGAAAUCACUGCCGGGAACGAGUGCCACGAUGAGAUCUCCAACUUCCAAGAUGCCAGAUACGUUUCGGCAUCGGAGGCCGCAUGGAGGUUAUUCUCCUUUGACAUUGUAGAUCGCAAUCCUCCAGUGGUCAGACUUACGGUGCAUCUGCCCAACCACCAUACAGUAUACUUGGAGGAAGGGCGAGAGCAGGAGGCGGCGCUUCGACCAGCAUCAGGUACGAAGCUGACCGAGUGGUUUAAAGCCAACGAGAAGUACCCAAGCGCGAGGCAUCUUCGGUACCACAAGUUUCCAAGGUACUUUACGUGGAAGACACGCACCAAGUCAUGGACCUACGAUUUCAGUGGUACAGGUGCCAACGCAGUCGGUCGAAUCUACACUGUCAGUCCGAGGGAGGGUGAGCGCUACUUUCUUCGCCUCCUCCUCACACAAGUGCCAGGGGCAACAUCCUUCGAGAACUUGCGAAAUAUCGACGGCGAGCAGUGCACCAGCUUCCGACAAGCUUGCUUACGACUCGGUUUGCUGGCCGACGAUGCCGAGUGGAAGCACGCAAUCCGAGAUUCAUUCCGGUCAAGCUUCGUUCCUCUUUCUCAUCUGUUUGCUACGAUUCUGGCACACUGCCAGCCUUCGGACCCUCUCUCGCUGUGGAACAACCACCUGGACAUGUUUCUCACCGAUAUUCGCAAUCGUGCACGCAGACAACCCAUUCGAAGACAGCAGCUUCGCGAUGAUCACCACGCCACAUCUUACGUACUUGGAGAGGUACAGGAGGCUCUGCAGACCGUGCGAUCCGACUGGACGCUCGCAAACUUCGGACUCCCACUGCCCGAUGACAGCCUGCCCGCUUUAGAACAGCAAAACGAGAUCGAGACCCCCGAAGCACGAGCGCAGCAGUGGGAAGGGCGACUACAGACGUCGUUGCCGCUGUUGAACACAAAUCAACGUCAUGCCUUUGACGAAAUAGUGGGCUCCUUGCUUCCAGGCUGGUCGUCUCUUCUUCCUCGAUGCUCCUGGCGGAACAGGCAAACAUUCGUGCUCAGAGCCAUUCAAAACUUCCUUCGUACGCGCCGUAAGCAAGUCAUCGCUGUCGCUACGUCUGCUGUUGCUGCUGUGCUGCUCGACGGUGGACGCACCGCUCAUUCCGUGUUCAAGAUUCCCAUUCCUGUAUCUGCCGAAAGCACGUGCAGCUUCUCCGCAAACUCCGACACAGGCCGUACACUGCAACAAGUCGAUCUCAUCAUAUGGGACGAGAUCGUCAUGUGCCAUCGACAUUGCAUUGAGACUGUCGAUCGCUCCCUUCGAGACUUGAUGCAAACCUACCGGCCCUUCGGAGGAAAGUUCCUCGUGCUCGCUGGAGACUUUAGACAAAUCCUUCCCGCCGUUCCGGGCGGGUCCAGAGGUCAAAUCGUGAGUGCGUGGGUCAAGGCUUCCCCGCUGUAUCGAGAGUGCCGAUUCCUGCGCCUUACCGAGAACAUGCGCCUUGCUGCUCUCCGAGCGGACCCUGCAGCAGAUGUGGAGGCUCUCAACUUUCCAGAAUUCCUCCUCAGCGUCGGGGAAGGCAGACUUCAAGGCGAACAGCGCCCGGAAUGGAUCUCACUACCACAGUCCGUUGCGUUCGAGCACACCAUCCGCAAUUUGUGCCUCAAGGUCUUCCAAGGCAUUCGAGACAAUCACGCCGACCCUGCCUGGCUCACCAAGCGCGUUAUACUCACCACAAAGAACAGGCCGCUCGAGGAAGUCAACGAGGUCAUCGGCAACAUGAUUCUGGGAUCGUAUCGAACGUAUUUGAGCGCAGACAAGGUCGAGAACGAAGACACCAACGCCCUGAUCUAUCCCACAGAAAUGCUCAACACCUUGACCGCCGGAUCUGCUCUACCAGACCACAAGCUCAAGCUCAAGAAAGGCUUCAUCGUCAUGCUUCUGCGCAAUCUCGAUCCCGCUACCGGUCACGUCAACGGCGCGCGAUAUGUCAUCGAGAACAUGACCAACAACCUGCUCUUUCUACACGUUACCACCGGGUCACACCAAGGCAACAGACUGUGUCUUCCUCGAAUGCCCUGCGGACCAGGAGACGACAACUUUCCCAUCCCUGGCUUCACCCGACCGCAGUUCCCCAUUCGCACGUGCUUCGCCCUUACAACGAACAAAGCGCAAGGCCAAUCCUUCGGUGGCCGCAUUGGUCUCGACUAA